CCAGCCACAUGACGACAGUGCUCUCUUCCGGUUAGCAAACUGCAUCGGUGCAGGAUGAGUUCAGGCCAUGACUCAAGGAAGAGAGGUGGCAGGACGCAGCACAACAACAUGGUGGUGUAUGACCACGAAACACUGACCGAAAUCAAAGGUCUUUUCUGUAAAGUUCGCUCCUAUGCCAAACCAGCCGCUGGUGAGUGGCGCCUUCCUCACCCCAACGAUGUUCUCAGUCACCCUGUGAAGAAGGCCUGUCAGCUGCCGGGUCUGAAGCAGUCACUGAACUCUGUGAAGAACCAGCUCAGUGACAAGAACGUGCAGGUAUGGCAUCAGCACACUAACUUCACCAACCGAGCCGGGAAGGUCAUCGGAGCAGUCCGCUCUGCUGGUAAUGCAGAGAUAUGUACCCAGGCAUGGUGCAAGUUCUACGAGAUCGUUGGAAGCUUCCCUCUUCUGCCAGAGGAGGCGCUGCUGAGCGGGGAGCUGAACACCGUCCACCUUUGUGAAGCACCUGGCGCUUUCAUUGCAGCUCUGAACCACUACAUAAAAACCUCUGCGGCCACACGCUUCUGUGACUGGAGCUGGGCAGCCAACACCCUCAACCCGUACCACGAGGCCAAUGCUGGAGGAACCGCCAUUGCUGACGAUCGCUUGAUCGCCAACACGCUGCCCUGGUGGUUCUUCGGCUCUGAUGACACCGGCGACAUCAUGCUCCAGAAGCAUCUGCUGGAGCUGCGGGCGUUUGUGUCCAACAUGCGGCGGGUAGACCUGGUGACGGCCGAUGGAAGUUUCGACUGUCAGGAGAACCCCGGUGAGCAGGAGGCGCUGGUGGCGUCGCUGCAUUACUGCGAGGUCACAGCUGCGCUGUUGCUCCUGAGCCCUGGCGGCUCUUUUGUUCUGAAAAUGUUCACGCUGUAUGAGCAUUCCUCCGUCUGCCUCCUCUACCUGCUCAACUGCUGCUUCCGUUCCGUCAACGUCUUCAAACCUGCAACCAGCAAACCUGGAAACUCUGAGGUCUAUGUCGUGUGCCUCGACUACGACGGGAAGGAAGCCGCCAGUCCUCUACUGUCCAAGCUGAUCCGAAACUACGGAGCACAAAUGGCUCACCGCGAGGCUCUUUUCCCGGACGCCCUGCUGCCGCAGUCUUUCCUGUCUCAGCAUGAAGAUGUGUGCAGCUACUUUCACCGUCUGCAAGUGGAGACCAUCACAGAAAACCUGAGACUGUUUAAAGACAUGAGCUUGGAGAAGAGGCAGCAGUUGGACUACAUCAGGGAGGCUGCAGCACAUGAGUACCUGCACAGGUUCCAGGUCAGCCAUCUUCCCAGGAGUCGCUGGGUCUCUCGCAACACGGUGAACCCUGCGUGCUGCAGGCUCUCCUCAGGUCGACCUCUGGGACAGAAAAAGCAAACGGGAUCUUUCAACGAGCGCAGGGAGCUGCAGAGCCUGAGCUGGAGGGAGCGCGUGCAGAAGAGUUGCUAUGCCUCCCAGAUAAAAACACACUGCAGCCAGAGCAGAGAGGCCGUCUGUUUGCUUGAGGGACCCGCGGCAGCCCGCAGCACAGAGUCAUGGUUUGUCAUUGUUGGAAGGACUCUGCCAGCAGUCACCAAUUCUUCGUUCUGCGAUUGUGCACUGUUAAACCAUUUGAAUGAAGCAGUGACGGACGCUGUGGCGGCCAUGUCUGACUGGGGUCAGAGGCCUUCGUGCGUCUCCUGUCAAGCACUUUCUGCUGCCUCCAUCUUGGCUGAUGUGCGGGAACUUGAUGUCAGCACGGAGAGGAAAGUGAAGCGGCGGUGUCUGGUGUUUGGCUCUGGGUGGGAUUCCUGUCCGAGCCAAGUGGAGGAUUUAGUGUUAACUUUUGCUGCAGCGCCUUCAUUUCCACAAAAAGGGUUGAUCAAGCUGCACGACAGUGAAGCGCAGUACCAGCACCAGCUCCUGGGCUGCCUUGUGUUCUCCCUGCGGAGCCUGAGCCCCGGGGACGCCCUCCUGCUGCCUGUGUUGUCGGCGCUCACACGUGUCACCGCAGCGGUCGUGCUCUGCUUGCAUGUGUGUUUUCACUCCGUCACGUUCAGAUGUCCGCCCCCUGCAGGCGCCGUUGGAGCUCUUCUGCUGUGCGGAGGCUUUAACCCAGAAGCAGCGGUGCGAAUCCUCCCAUUUCUCACUGAAGUCCAUAACCGCAUGGGUCAGUUGUUGACAGCAGAGGAGGGCGCGAGUGAGAAACAAGUGCUGCAGUUUGUUCCAAUGGAGGAGCUGCUGACUGGGGGACUCACCGAGUUCCUGCUGACCAUGAACUCUGAAAUCAUCCAACACAAACUGCACUUGCUAAUGCAGACGUAACAGUCUGGCAGUGGACCAACAGCUCCGCACCUCUUUAAAUCAUCGUGGUCAGGCGGUGAACGGCCAGUCAUGCAGUAGAUCACAAAUUAUUUUGUCAUUAAUGGUGCGUUUGGUUAGCUGGCUAAAUUGUACUUCUCAAGCAAUGGCUGUUGAGUUCAGCAAAAGUGUUGGUUUGAAUUUUAUUUAGAUUAAAACUAAGGUCUAGUCAUAGAUUUUUAGCUGAAAAAGGAAGUGCAUUUGGUCGCGCUUGUGUGCAACAUCAUGGGUUCUGUAGCUUUGUUGGUUUAAAUUCAUAAAGUUUUUUAUAAACACACAGAUCCUUUUGCUGAAAGUUUAUGUCUGAGAUUUCAUUUUUGGGUUAAUCUAACUACAAGAGCGUACACACGCUUUUGAGGUCUUCUACCAGCCACAGCUUUUGCCGCGUCCUUGUCCGUGAACUGUCCGUGAAGUUCAGAAGGGCGUUGCUCCUCUUUGUCACCACAUCAUCAUGCACGUCCACAUCAUGCAAACAACAAAUACAGGAGCCUCUAAGUAUCCUGGUUUAUAUUAACAAACAUCCAGCUGACAUCCACUGACAGACAGAUCAGAAUGAAGCCCAGAUGAUCACAUGAGAAAACUCAACCACAAAAAGAACUGACAAUGAGGAGACAGCGUCGCUUUUGGAACUUGCAGAGCAUGGAGAUGCAAAUGACUCUCAGCAGAACUCAUCCGUAGCUAUAUUCACCAAGGACUUGAAAGAACAACACUGGGACCCUCAGCAACAAACCUGCUGUCAGUCACAGAUGGUUUGUGUUGGAAUCCACAUCAGAGAGGAGCGUUUCCCCUCCAGUGAUAGUUUCCUCCAAAAACACAUUAUUCUUGCUGCGCCGCUUUCUCUCAGCUUCACAAAACAUUUUGUGAAAGUGGGUUUACUUAUUAAUUCCUGUUUUCUUUCUUCAUGUUCACGUGCGAGUCAUCAACUUGGAGUUUUUAUUUUAAAGUUAAGAACUUCACUACUCAAAGACUGAAAUGUCUAGUCGAGGAUCUUAUAAUGUCUUUACCAACCAUCAAUUUUAUGUCUUGCUGUGACAGACUGUCUUGUUGGCUUGUUUAUAAUUUUAUAUGUAUAUGAUAUCGUAUAUAUUAUGAUUUCUGCUGAUUAUAUAUAUAUAUAUAUAUAUUUAAUUUAACAGUUUGCUCUCCAGACAACAGGGAACCUUUGGCAAAUAUUGUUAUACCAGUAAA